AUGGCGUCGAAGUUAUUGAUAACUUCCCUCGUAGUAUUUACGAUUGUGUUAUCCAUCAAGGCUGCUCCGGCUCCAGAAUUAGCAUCAGUCAUUGUACCGACGAUGCCGGCAGACGAACCGAGUUCGGCUCUUUCACCCGAAAGUUUGCAGCAACAACAACACACAAAUGGGCCAAUUGGAUUUUUCCCAUUUCCCGGGGUUGACAUUGCUGGUUGUUUUUCAGCAAUUUUCAAAGUAGAAGGAUGUGCUUUACAAAUAGUGCAAUCGAUCUUCGAAGGUCACUUAAUUGGCUUAAGCCCGGCUUGUUGCGAUAUAAUUGACGAUGUCAAAGACAAUUGUAUCCCCAAGGUUCUUCCUUUACCCGAUUUUCCGAUACCCUUUCUAUUCGGAAACUGUGGUAAACCGUCACUAAGGGAUUGA